AUGGAUUAUUUACUAAGACGUGAACGACUUCGAUUGGCCAAAGAUAUAAUUAGUCAACGAAUAAUUGAACAAGCAAUUGAUCUUGAAAGACAAUGUGAAAAUGAUCUUCGACGAGAAUUUCAGUCAAUUAUUCAUGAUGUGCAGGGCAUCGAUAGACGACGACAUACCCGGUCACAUUCUCAAACAAGUGGCCAUAGAGAUAAUCGCCAACGAUUGAAUACUUCUGAUUGCUAUGAAGAAUCAUCAAGAUAUAGAAGUGGUAGUCUCUCUCAAUAUCAUCAACGUCAUCACAACCAUCACAAUAAUUCACUCAGUAGCUCAAGAGAAUGCUCAUUAGUUACAUUAACUUAUCGUAAUUCAGCUGCUGGUAAACAUGGAGAUGAGAUAACGAUUCUUCAAAAUGGUAGAACAGUUUUCAAAGGUUGUUUAUCAUCUGGAGAUCAAUUAACAUUUAAAUCAAAACGUUAUCGAAAUAGCUCAAGAAUCAAAUUAGAUUUUUUUAUAAAUGACUUACUAGAAGAUCGAAUAACAACUUGUUGUGAACAUGCAUUAACUAAAACUGAUGGAAAUCAUGUUUUUAAAGUUGAAAACAUUAUCGGAUCAAAGCCAUGUCAAGAAUGUCAAUCAGAAAGCGACACAAGCUCAUCAAGCCUAUCCACAACUCCUCCAACUUCACGAAAUAAAAUACCAUUCAAUACAAGCAACAACGAACAAAGACACAUAUCAUCAAAAACAAAGCAACAAACAUCUAAACAUACUAUAGACAAUACUCAAAAACGAAAACCACCAGUGUCAUUAAACAAUGGACGCCGAAUCAGUGAAAAUCAAACAUUAAGAACAGAAACAAGAUUAAGUGAACAAUCUAAUCUGCAAGAAUCCGAAAAAAAAAAGGCAACAUUGCUCGCUGUGCCACAAGCCGAUCUCGAAAAAACUUCAAGUGAAGGUUUUACAGCUGAUGUUUUUGAAUUACCUGAUUCUGAAUCAUUGAUAUCAAUUCAAUCAGGAAAUAAUCGACAACGACAAAACUCUGAGCCGCAUCCAAGAGAUUUUUUACCCAUCUUAUCAUCUACUGAUCCAGAAUCACCUCCACCAACUCGUGCACCUCCACCGAAAAGAAUUUAUGGUCCUCCUCAGCUGUCCACAAUGUUAUCUGUGACUGAUAAUCUCGAUUCACCAUUUGAAAUAUCAACUGAUGCUCAUGAAGAAACUCUUGAUAAACCAAUCAGACAAAAAUCAGAAUCAUUGAAUAUACAACAGCAAAAAGGUGGCUGUUCUGAUUCAGACAAUGAUAAUAAUCAAAAUGAAAAUCAUCAAUCGAAUGAAUUUGUUCAAUUUCUUCGAUCAAUAUCUUCCAAUGUUGAAAAUAAUCAAAAUGAACAAAGACUUCAACCAACGUCUUCGAUGAGUAUGAAUUCUACUCGAGAUUUACCUAAUGUUGGUGAUGGAACCCAAUUAUUACUGACACGACUUGGAAUUAUCCGACAACAACAAGUCGAACAUACUGAAACUUCAAUGGGCAAUGCUCCUCGAGAGCGUGGAAAUGUUGAAUAUUUUAUUCUUGUCUAUUUGAACUCUACAAAACCUGAUGAUUCAAUAAUAAAACCUCUUCGUAGCCUUGUAAAUUUCUUGAAAACUUUUGAUGAUAUUGAUGAUUGUAUUGCGUUUAUCAACAGUAUAUCAAAUGAAAAAGUUAUUUUUAUCUUAUCAGAUGUUUUUAGUAAUUCAAUUCUUCCACGCAUUGAAGAUCUUCAACAAAUAUAUGCUAUUUAUAUUUUAAAUGAAAACGAUCAAAAUAAACAAAAUCUAUUAAAUAAAAAUUCAAAAAUUAAAGGUUUCUAUACAAAUAUAAAUGAUGUUUAUAAACAAAUAUCGAUUGAUAUAAAUCAAAUUACACGUGAUUUAAUAGCUUACAUGAAUAUAUCAUCGAAUUCAAGUACGCCUGAUCCUAUGUUUAUUUAUUCACAAUUAAUAAGUGAGAUAAUACUCGAUAGUGAUGAAACUGAAUAUGCGAUGAAAGAAUUAGUAAAUUUUGCUCGUCAAGAAUAUGAAGGAAAUUCAGAAGAAUUAUCUAUUAUUGAUGAAUUUGAAACUGAUUAUGAAAAACAUCGAGCUGUUUGGUGGUUUACACGGCAAUGUUUCUUAUCAAAGAUGUUAAAUAAAGCUCUUCGUAUACCAGAAGCUGACAUUCUAUUUAAAUUUCGUUUAUUUAUUCAAGAUUUAUAUCAUCAAAUCGAAAAUGAAUCGAUAUCAAAUACAUCUUUAACUGUUUAUUUAGGCCAAACCAUUCAUCAAAAUGAUUUAGAAGAUUUGCAAAAAAGCUUAACAAAUCAUGGCCUACUUGUUUUUAGCCAAAUUUUAUUUGGUUCAACAGAUUUAUCAAAAGCCAUUCAAAUAGCUAAAAAUCUUCCAAACCUAUCCGAAGAAUAUGUACCUGUUGUUCUUCAUUUCGAUCUAUCACCGAAUAUGAAAUGUGCUAAUGCAUAUUCACUUAGAUAUACUGUUGACGAUAGCAAUGAUAUUUUGUUAAAUAUGGGUAUCAUUGGGCGUUUAACUAAAGUUGAAAAGAAAGGCAAUAAUAAUGAAAAUGGAGUAGCUUCAAUUCAUUUAACAUUAAUUAAAUGUGAAAAUGAACGUUCUAUUCAACGAAUGCUUGAAACAAAACGAAACGAAGUUAAAGGUGCUGCACCAUUUGUUUCUUUAAUAAAAUUAAUGAUAAUGAUGAAUCAGCAAGCACGUGCUGAACAAUUAGUUCAAAUGAUAUUUGAUGAUGAAACAGUUAAAUCUGAUCCAAAUCUUCAAGGUUCAAUAGCUGCAUCAUGUCAUAUACUCGGCGCAGCAUGUCACACUCGAGGUGAUUUUAAACGUGCUGCUGAAUUAUUUCAUCUAUCAUUAGAUACAUUCCUUCGAUUUGUUCCAUCUGAUGCUGUACAAUUAUCUCCAACAUAUAAUAAUAUUGGUUCAAUGUAUUUCCGUCAAGAAGAAUAUACAAAAGCAAUUGAAUAUCACCAAAAAGCACUUGACGUACAAUUACAUUCACAUAAUCCAAAUUUAACAGCUAUUGCUUCAUAUUCAAAUAAUGUUGGUGUUGUUUAUUUAAAACAAGGAAAAUAUAGUGAUGCAGCUAAAUCAUUUGAUCGUGCUUUAAAAAUUCUUCAACAAUUAAAUGAAUCAAAUAAUCCAGAUCUUGCAUCGACUUAUGAUAAUUUAGGUGAUGCUUAUGUUUUACAAGAUAAAUAUGAUGAUGCUUUAACAUAUUAUAGUAAAGCACUCGAAACUCAACGUGUUAUCGAACCACGAAACCCACCAGCACUUGCUUCAUUUAAUAAUAGUAUAGGAAAUGUUUAUAAUAAAAUGCAUCGUUAUGGCGAUGCACUUGUUCAUUUUAAACGUGCCUUAGAAUUUCAACAAGAAUAUUUACCAGCGACACAUCCAUCGUUUGCGUCACUCUACAAUAAUAUUGGUUCAAUGUAUUAUCGACAAGAGCAAUACGGUGAUGCGUUACCAUGUUAUUUAAAAAGUCUUGAAAUUGAAUUAAUGUGCCUACCAGAAAAUCAUCCAACCAUUGCUGUUACACAUUUUAAUAUUGCAACAACGUAUACAGGCUUGGGAAGAUUUGAAGAUGCUAUUUUAUCAACAGAAAGAUCGAUCGAACAAUUAUUGAAAACCUUACCAACAGAUCAUCCCGAAGUUAUUGAAAAUCGCUCUUAUAUUGAUACGAUUCGACGGAAACAAAUGCUUAAAGGUCUUUUUGAUACAAAUACAACAAAUUUUUAG